AUGAGCAACUCUACAGUGAACUUCACCACACCUGAAGCAUCUACAAAUUCCACAACUCAUUCCUUUGGGCUAAUGGACAGUCUGGAAAUGUAUGCAUUCUGCAUAUGUUUCCUGUUUGGUUUUCUUAUAAACUCCAAAAUUGCAUGGCUCAUCAUUACAGGAACUGGAAAUGGAGUUGCAUCAGAGUUUUUCAACCUCAAUCUGUCUGUUUGUGAGAUUGGUAACAGCCUCAAUGCGAUGUUUGGCAUUCUUAUUUUUUUCUUUUCAAGCUUCAUAAUAGUAACAUAUUUUUUACAAGGACUAGGGAUCACUGGUCGUCCUCUGUUUCAUUGUCUGAUGUGUGUUGAGCGUUACCUUGCAGUGGUUCAUCCUGUAACCUUUCUGAAGUACAAACCUCUCAGAUAUAGAGUGAUUUGCUGCACUGCUGCCUGGAUAAUUAUUAUUGGAUCCUGUUUAUUCUGUGCCUUUAUUUUAAUCUUAUCUAGCAUGGUGUCAUAUGUAUGUUUCAUCUCAAUACAAUCCCUUCUCUUCUUCUUCACUCAGUUGUUUUGUCUUGUGGCUGUUCUCAUAGCUCUGAAACAAUCAGGACCAGGAGAGAGAAAGAGAGAGGAGAAAAACCACAUGAAGAGAAGAGCAUUUUAUAUUAUUCUGAUAACAACAGUGAUCAUGACCAUCCAAUAUGCCCAAUUUACUGUCACAGGAUUCUUUGUCAUUCUAACUCAAAAGAGUUUUCUAGACUUUUGGUGUCCUGCUUUUCCUUGUUAUGUAUUGGCUGGUUUUGUGCAACCCAUUCUUUAUUUACAGCGGGCUCGAAAACUCUUCUGCCUCAGUUCAUCAUCAUGAAACAGGAAAUGAUUGUAUUUUACUUAUAUUUCUGAAUUACUGGAUCAGUUGAUUAUUUUUGAGCUGAUCUAAAUAUCUCCCAAAGUACAAGAU